GCCUCCACCCCAAACACAGCGAGCUACAAAAGGCUCCUGCCAGCUGCCACUCUCGCCCUAAAAGUCCUGCUGUUGUGUGACUGUGAAGAGGGAGAGAGCCUCCACUUCACAGUAGACCACUCUGGGCUGUGAGGUUUUGUGCAGCAGCGAACGGCUCUGCUCGGGCGAGAUGGGAAACUCAUCAGGCAGCACCGUGGACGACCUGCAGGCCGUGGAGAUGCACCUCUGGUACAAGAAGUUCAUGACUGAGUGCCCCUCGGGUCAGCUCACCCUGCACGAGUUCAAGCAGUUCUUCGGGCUGAGAGGUCUGGACCCUGAGGCCAACGCCUACAUCGAGCAGAUGUUCCGCACGUUCGACAUGAACAAGGACGGCUACAUAGACUUCAUGGAGUAUGUGGCUGCUCUGAGUCUGGUGAUGCGCGGAAAGAUGGAGCACAAGCUGCGCUGGUAUUUCAAACUUUACGACGUGGACGGAAACGGCUGCAUCGACCGGCACGAACUCCUCAACAUCAUUAAGGCCAUCCGAGCAAUCAAUGGGAACGAGGGUCAGGACACAACUGCGGAGGAUUUCACCAACCGCGUGUUCGACAGGAUUGAUAUAAACGGAGACGGUGAGCUGUCCCUGGAGGAGUUCGUGGCCGGAGCUCGUAGCGACGAAGACUUCAUGGAGGUGAUGAUGAAAAGUCUGGACCUCUCCCACAUUGUGGCGAUGAUCCACAACAGGAGGCGCAGCGUUUAGGGUCUGCUCAGUCCGACUACCUCGUCACCUUCACGAUUUGACCCGAGUGCUUCAGUACAUCACCUCUGGCCAUUCAGAGAUUCCUAUUAAGAUUGAAUCCACUUUAAUAUGAUGCCAGUGCGUUUUGAACGCCAACAUAUCUGAUGUUUAAUCUCUAAAAGAGUGACACGUGCACUUUAAAAAGGACGACUCAGUCAGCCCUCGCAGACUGGUCAUUGUCCUCGUUUAAUGCUGGUGAGCUCUUCCAAGGCCACCUUGGCAUGAGGGAUGAUCUCAGACCGUCCACUUACCCUCGGAUACCCGGCGGGAUAAAAGAGGGACACAGUGGAGUAGAGUGGCAAUUACAUGCACUCCACUACGCUUCCCAAAUCUUUUCUGUUUUCUGGGUCGCAGUCCCUCUGCAUCAAAUUAUUCAAAUCUGUUUACCCGCUCCUGCCUGUGGGGUUUACAGGAGGAAGCAGCGAGUUUAACAUCCAUGCUAAUUUGAUUAAGCCAGUGGCUGUAAAACAGGAACAGGUGAAAGUCUCUGGAGACAUUCAGUGUGCAGAUCCAAUUCUGAAAAUGUUUACCUUUUAUAUGUUCUUAAUUUUUUUUUAAUGUCUUAAAAUAAUUGAAGCAGUAAAAUACAGACUUGUGGUUCUGUAGCAUUUCUGUGUGUGGGUGUUUCUUUGGCUGAAUGAUUUGCCUCCUACUCAACAGUAAAAACAGAUCUAGAUUACCACAGUUAUUUGUUUGUUAGCUACACUCAUCUGGUGCCUUCUGUUAGAAGACUACAGAAUGUGUUUGAUUUCAGCUUUUGCUUAUCUGUACAUGAAAAUAAAAACAUUAUAAGAAAA